GGGACCGGGACCGGCCGGCCUCAGCGACGUCUCCCGCGCGCGCGCUGGCCGGUGCGUGCGUACCGGAGGGAACCCAGCGCCCAUGGCCGGCGGGGGAGCCGAGGAGCCCGGGGCGGCCUCCGGCGCGGCCCCGGAGACCCGCGAGCACCUCUUCAAGGUGCUGGUCAUCGGAGAGCUCGGCGUGGGCAAAACCAGCAUCAUCAAGCGCUACGUCCACCAGCUCUUCUCCCAGCACUACCGGGCCACGAUCGGCGUGGACUUCGCGCUCAAGGUGCUCAACUGGGACAGCAGGACCUUGGUGCGGUUACAGCUGUGGGACAUCGCGGGGCAAGAGCGAUUCGGCAAUAUGACCCGAGUAUACUAUAAAGAAGCUGUUGGUGCUUUUGUUGUGUUUGAUAUAUCGAGAAGUUCGACUUUUGAGGCAGUCUUAAAAUGGAAAAGCGACCUGGAUAGUAAAGUUCAUCUUCCCAAUGGCAGCCCUAUUCCUGCUGUCCUCCUGGCUAAUAAAUGUGACCAGAAAAGGGAGGGUGCACCAAGUCUGCCUCAGAUGGAACAGUUCUGCAAAGACCAUGGCUUCACUGGGUGGUUUGAAACCUCUGCCAAGGAUAACAUAAACAUAGAUGAAGCCACCCGGUUCCUAGUGGAAAACAUCCUUGUGAACAACCAAAACUUUCCUAGCGAAGAAAAUGAUUUGGACAAGAUUAAACUGGAUCAGGAGACCUUGGUAGCAGAGCACAGAUCCCAGUGCUGCUAGUGGGGCUCUGCCUCUCUCAUGCCUGCCUCGGUGCAGAGGGCUUGGCUGCGAGGUGAUGCUGAGCAUGGCGGAUCUCCCACAAGCUCAUCUCAUCUCAUUGCAGCUCAUCUCUCAGUGUUCUCAGACGUCUCUGAUAAAACAAGGGGAGGAGUCUCUCUGCUAGAGGCUCUGCGAUUUACAGAUAAACCCCAGGCAUUUUUGGUACUGUUAUAUGAAGCCUAAUGUUUACAUCCUUUUAAGCAUGUCUGUAAAUGACUUUCAAGUUGUAGCUUUUCGUGUAAACCCUGGGGUGGUAAUAAAACUUCCCUGUGGUGUUUCCCUGA